AUGAGCAAGCACAAUAGCAGCAUAUCCUGCCUAGAGCACGGGGACGAGCUUGUAUACGGGCUCUGGGACGGCACUCUGCUGAUAGUGGGCAAAGAAGAAACGCGGUCCAUUUCGCUAAACUCGCCUGCAACCUCCAUUCGCACGCAUCUAAACACUCUGUACAUAGGAACCGCAAAGGGCGACUUGUGGAUGGUGGAAGGAAAAACAAAGGUGUCCCAUCUGAUGAAGGCGGCAUUUCAUAUCAUGCACACCGAUCUGAAGAUAGAUUUUGUUGUGGGUAUAUAUGCAAAAGACAGCGAGCGCAUUGUGGUUACCUAUGCGUACGGGGGGAUCGUGGUGUACAACCUUGCAAAGCGCGCAAAGGAAAAGGAAACACGAACCAGCGGGAGAAUAACUGCCAGCCACAUGGACGGAAACAGGCUUGUUUACGUUUCAGACGGGAAAGUAAUAUGCGUGUACGACAUGGAGACAGAGAAAACAACAGGCAUGAAAACGCUGCUGUCGGGCACAACCAUAGACCACAUAAUAUUUAUACAGGGAACGGAGCAGAGAACAAUUGCGUAUUGCACGCCCGUGGGGAAAGUGUGCGUGGACUAUGUGGAUAAGCCGGGGACCGGAUUUGUGUUUAAAGCGCACCGGAAAGUGGCCGAGAACGAAGAAACUUACUAUCCGGUCACGCUUAUGAAGCAGGUCGGUGCAAGCCAAAUUGUAACGGCGGGGGGCGACGGCGAAGUGUAUAUUUGGGAUGUAAAGGAAAAAACCCGGGUCCAAAGCGUGAUCUCAACCAAAAAGUGCGUGCUCUGCGGAGACGUGAAGAAAAGUGAAGCCGGCGCGGCGGUCUCGCUGAUGCUUGCUACAUGCGAGGGCGUGAGAAAUCUCUGUGAAAUAGAGGGCAAGUACAAUCUCAUGGAGGUCCCCCUGGGAGACCCUGUAUAG